AUGGACGCUAUGAAUGAUGCGACAAUCGUCCAACAUGUGCUUAGCAACCGGACAAAUUACUACCGAAUUUUAUUUGUCGAUCGCAGCGCCACGACAGAUCAGAUUAAAGUGGCGUAUAAAAAGAUGGCUCUCAAAUGCCACCCGGAUAAAAAUAAACACUCCGGUGCCAGCGAGGCAUUUAAACUAGUCGGAACUGCAAACACUACUCUCUCGGAUGCGACCAAACGUCGUAUUUACGAUGCCCGCGGAGUUGAAGGGGUCCAACGGCAUGAAAGCGCAGGCGCCGCUCGACAUCAUCCGGGCGCGGCCGCACGGCACAUGUAUCGACAACCAAAUGAUAUUUUUGAGGAAUUCUUCGCACAUGCGCGUGGAAUGAAUGGCGGCGGUGGGGCUCGUGUGUAUGAGGCGGAGGUGAAUGCGAAUGUUCUUAUGAUGGCACCGCUUCUGAUCUUUCUUUUUCUUGCGAUCCUCUUACAGUCUUCACUCACGGAUCCAAGUGGUUAUCAGGGAUCCCAUCCAAUGCAUCGGGCUAGCAAUGUCGCCAGUACAUUCAGUCUCACUCCAGAACCAGCACAAGGGCGUGUAGUAGAACGGGUAACUUCACUCCAUGGACUUCGUGUGAAAUAUUAUGUACAUCGUACUUGGGCUGAUUUGGCAGCAAAGGGUCUCGCGGAUGUACGUCGUAUGGAAACGGAAGUACUGCAGAGACAUCGCGACUCUCUAGCCCGUCGAUGUGAGGCGGAGUCACUCUCUUACAGGGCACGAUCGAAAAAGGGUACACCUCCUGCUUGUACAGAUUACGAGGUAUUUCGUCGUGCAGUGCGUUAG